AUGAUGAACGAUUUAGACUUUACGAGACGAGCUCUUUCCAAUAACGAUCCGUCGAUUUUACGAGAAAUUGGGAAAAAUGAGAGCAGAAAUGGAUCAAUAGUUGAUAAAGAGAUUGGAAAAGAAGAGCUAAAAACGACUUCAGAAGCUUCAUCAACUUCUCUUGAGUCAAUCAGCAAUCCAUCAUUGAGUCCAUUGAGGGCAGGAACAAGGACGAUCAUUGGUGGAAAAGCCUAUAUAGCGGUGCCGAUUGAUCGCUUUGCCGUCGAUUCUUUUGAGGAAACGACAACAAUCACAGGUGAGCCAACUCCAGCUUCAGUCUCAUUCACUUCAACUUUCCCAACAAUCACUUCAACGACGACCACGUCCACUUCAACAAUUCCAACAGAACCUAUAAAGCUCACACAAAGCAAGAAACCGAACAAGAGAAAAUAUCCAUCAAAUUUGGAUUUCGAGUUGCCUGACGAGAUCUGCCAUGCACAUUUGAGAAUCACAUCGAAAAAGGAGAGAUUUCUU